AUGAAACUAAACACCAAGAAAUAAACAAAAACAGAAUAAAAUGGUUCUUUACACCAUUGAAUAAUUCAACAGCAAAUAAUCUAAAGAUUUUCAUUAGCUCCACACCAAAAAACCAUCGAUCUGAAAAUUCUUUCUUGAUUUUAAUUUAUCUCUGUAGAAUUCUUAAAGAAGAGGUGAAAUUUUUCUACCCAAUCAAAGAAAUUGAAAAUUCCGUAAGUAGUACCAGAAGAAGAAAUCAAUGGGUCUCAUCCAACGUUGCUUCUUAUUCCUAGUAGUCUUUCAUGUUGUUUUUAAUGAGCCUCGUGGAGCUUAUGGUACCAGAUUUGGCGGUACCAUUUCUGCUCCAACACUGGCUCCAGAUACGGCUCCGGCUCCAGAUACGGCUCCCGCUCCAGAUAUGACUCCAGCUUCCGCUCCGGCUCCGGAAACACCAUUGACAGCGGGUGGAGUGUGUGAAACUAUGGUCACAAAAGCUGGUUACAAAUGCCAGGAAUUCAAAGUGACAACCAAGGAUGGUUAUAUUCUAUCCCUUCAGAGGGUCAACAGCGCUAAAGGUAAUCCAAAGACCAAAGAACCAGCCUUCUUGCAGCACGGGUUAUUUAUGGACGGAGCGUCAUGGUUUCUGGAUUCGCCGAAAGAAUCUCUAGGAUUCAUACUAGCUGAUAAUAAUUACGAUGUUUGGGUCGGUAAUACCAGAGGAACGAGAUACAGUCGUGGUCAUACUAGACUGAAUACACUUUUACCUCAAUACUGGGACUAUUCAUGGGAUGAUAUGGCACUAUCUGAUCUUCCAGCUUAUAUUAAUUUCGUGUACAAACAAACCAAGAAGAAGAUUAACUAUAUUGGACAUUCCCAGGGAACAAUUAUGGCACUCGCAUCAUUCUCUCUGGGGCCUAAAGCUCCUGACGAAAUUCUUACUAAGCUGAAAGCAGCUGCACUGCUCAGCCCCGUUGCUUAUUUGAGCCAUAUGCUCAACGAAAUGAGUCGGAUUGUUGCUAAAACCAUUGCGCAAGAGUUUCAAGGAGCCUAUGCCAUGGCCGAAGUCAAUAUGAAGGACGAACGUAUGUCGGCCUAUCUCGGGGCUAUUUGCAAAUCUAUACAGGGGUUGAAUUGUUUUGACUCGGUAUCGAGUUUUACAGGAAAAAAUUGCUGCCUCAAUGCCACGUCUUUUGAUAAAUUCAUUGCAAAUUCACCUCAAUCGACUUCAGCGAAGAACAGCAUGCAUUUAGCUCAAACGAGUAAUUCAGGAAAAUUUACGAAAUAUGAUUACGGACUCCUCAACAUGGUAAAGUAUGGACAACUAACGCCACCGCCAUAUCCCUUAACUAACAUUCCCAAGAACCUUCCAAUAUUCAUCAGUUACGGAGUCAAUGAUGCACUAGCCGACCCGCAGGACGUCGAACAUUUACUGAGUGAUAUGAAACAUCCUAAAAAUAAACUUGAAGUUCAAAAGAUUGCUAAUUAUGGUCAUCUUGAUUUCAUCAUCGCUACGAAUGCUAAUCGUAUCGUUUUCAAGCCUAUGAUCGCCUUUCUCAAGCGUCAAAAAUGAUUCAGCAAUUUGUCCGCUUGCUUGGUAUGUAAGUUCAUUCAUUGUUAUGUCAGUCACGGGCUAGAAAUUAUCCAGUUGGCUUUGCUUGGAGUCUGAUUUUCCGUUGUUGAGAUCAGAGAGUUCGAAUAAUUUUCCGGACCUGGGUGGGUGGUGCUGUAAGCAGCUCGAUCUUCUGCGGGUGUUGUAGGAAUAACAUAUGUUGUGUUGUUGAUUGUUGUUCCAUAUCUAAUUAUCAAUGAAAUCAACUUAUUUUUCCUUUUCUA